GCGCAGGCGGCGGGCGGCGGCCAGGCCCGGCCCCGCGGCGGGCAGUGAGUGUGGCUGGAGGAGCUGGGCACCCCUGGAUGGUUGGAAUCCUGAGCAGCAGAGCAGAGCAGCACAGCAGGAGCCAUGUCUCUGCCCUUCCGAAAGGAGCUGGAGAAGUACAAGAACAUCAACGAGGAUGAAAUACUCAGCAAGCUCUCAGAGGAUGAACUGAAGCAGCUAGAACAUGUUCUUGAUGACCUUGAUCCUGAGAAUGCCCUGCUCCCAGCGGGAUUCCGGCAGAAGGACCAGACCACCAAAGCUGCCACGGGCCCCUUCGACAGAGAGCGCCUGCUCUCCUACCUGGAGAAGCAAGCCCUGGAGCACAAGGACAGAGAGGACUUCGUGCCCUUCACAGGGGAAAAGAAAGGCAAAAUAUUUAUCCCUAAAGAGAAGCCUGUAGAAACGCGCACGGAAGAGAAGGUGACCCUGGAUCCAGAGCUAGAAGAGGCCCUGGCCAGUGCUUCUGACACGGAGCUCUAUGACCUUGCAGCUGUUCUUGGAGUGCACAACAUGGUCAACAACCCAAAAUUUGAUGAAGCAGGAGCCCGUGGUAAAGAUGGAAAAGGAAUCGUGAGAAAUGUGGUGAAAGGUGAAAAGGUCAAGCCCAUCUUUGAGGAGCCACCUAAUCCUACCAAUGUGGAAGCAAGUUUACAAAGGAUAAAAGCAAAUGAUCCCAGUCUCACAGAAGUUAAUCUCAACAACAUAAAGAAUAUUCCUAUUCCAACACUGAAAGAAUUUGCAAAAGCUCUGGAAACCAACACACAUGUGAAGACAUUCAGUCUUGCAGCUACUCGAAGCAAUGACCCCGUAGCUAUUGCAUUUGCAGAUAUGUUGAAAGUGAACAAAACACUGAAGAGUCUGAAUGUAGAAUCCAACUUCAUCACUGGGACAGGGAUUUUGGCCCUGAUUGAUGCACUGAAAAAGAAUGAAUCCCUAACAGAGAUUAAAAUUGACAACCAGAGGCAGCAGCUUGGGACAGCUGUGGAGAUGGAGAUUGCCAAGAUGCUGGAGGAGAACUCCAGGAUUCUCAAGUUUGGAUACCAGUUCACAAAACAAGGUCCAAGAACCAGGGUAGCAGCAGCUAUCACUAAAAACAAUGAUCUGGUGCGGAAGAAGCGGGUGGAAGGGGAGCGCCAGUAGCCACAGCACCCAGGACACCAGGCAGCACUGGAGCAUCCACCACUGCAGUCCCAGAGUGCUCACUGCUCACAGGGGAAGGCACUGGAAAACUACUGCAAUGGGAGUUGCUGAUUUCUGUUCAUGUCUCCUUUUAACCUUGAAAACAGAGCCUGCUCACUUUUAAUUUUUGUGGUUAAUUUAAUUCUUAUGAGAAAGGUUCAUAGUUGGUUUGAUUUUAAUGAAGAAAAUGGUUUGCAGUAUCUGAAGCCAAUAUGCAGCAUCUUAACUGUGUUACUGAGCAUAACAUAUAGUGACUCUGACCUUUAUUUUAGACACUUUUUGAUAUAUAAAAAUAUCACCUUGUAUAUGGAUAAGGGAUUCUCUGCUGAAAAUAGAAAUUUUAGGGCCAAGUUCUGCAAUGCCUUAUGUUUGUGAAUAAUCCUCACCUGUGUGUAUAGUCCUGCUGAACUGAAUCCUGCAAUGGGCUGCUCCCAGGAGUAGAGCUAGUGAUGCCAGUACAGGUUUGCAGGUUCACACCCCUGAGCCUCUCUCCUGCAGGGAUCUGGGCAGCUGGGAGCACCCUGGAACAGCUCCUGUCCCCCUUGCUGGGUCUCCACCCGCCCAGCUCCCAGUGCAGGGUCACGCCUGGACGUGCAAACGUUGUCAAAGCGUACUUGUUUACAUGAGCUUAGGUUACCUGCAUCAUUUUGCAAUGUUACACUGAUGUUUUUUAUUCUUACUUCACACUGUAAAAUAAUAGUGCUGCCAAUCAUGUUGAACGUUUUAGAUUUUUUUCCUAGGCCAACAAGUUUUUGUUUGCUACUAGAAUGCACAGUUUACAGCUAGUGAUCUUAAUCUAAACAAGUAUUCUGAGCAAUAUUUGUUUUGCUUUGAGCCAUGAGUUUGACUUUUUUUAGUUCUGUAUUUAUGUACAUUUGUUAGCAUUAUAGGACUGUUCUCAGGAACUUUUAGAUGAAGAUUAAUUAAAUGCUUAAUCCAGGAGAGCCACUGUGCUACCAGGGAAAGACAUUAAAGGGGUAGUUUGGAGAGCCACAUGACUGACAUUCAUAUGCUGCAGUUGAGGUUUGUCCCUGUAUCACAAGGCACAUGAGUAUUUGUGCCAGUGCUUGUUGUCAUCUUACCACAGGGGUUCCAUCUUGCUGUCUCCUUAUCACAAAAGUUCCACACCUUCUUGGUGUUUCUCAUGGGCAGCUCCUCAGAGCACUGACUCUUUCUUCCCUCACAAAACCACCAACUGACUCCAACUCCCAUCUCACCCAGCCACCCCACUCUUUUAUAGCAUCUUCUUCUCAUUGCUUACAGCUGUGGCCUGUUAGAGUCAGGCCUGCUCCUAAUCUUUGAUAAUUGGCCCAGCUGCAACUGCUUAGGGAUGAGACUCCUUUCUACACUAUCUUUAUUUUCUUAUAUUCUAUCCCCCUACAAGUGCUUAUCUGAAUAAGGGCAGAUUUAAGCACAUGCACAAAUGCUUUGCUAAAUCAUGGCCUUAACUGACAUGCUGGACAUUAUCUUAACCCAGUGGGAAGCACUCACGAAGCAGCAGCUAACCCCAAUGCUCAACAGCAUCAGAAUUUCAGUAAGAAUGCAGUCUGAUGUUUCAUUUUGUGUAUUUCACCAUCUAAAACUACUCUCUACCACAGUUGUAUCACUGCCAACAGCUGACUGACAGCCAGAGGUGCAUGCUGUGAGAGCCCAGGGAUGCUCAGGUCAGGUGUGUCACACACCCCAAGCUUUCAGGAAGCUGCAGAAAUGCUCCUGCAGCCACAGCUGGGGCACAGUGGCCUCUCUGAGACAGGGCUGGGCACCACAGUCACUGCAGGAUGCUCCUGAGCCAACAGGAACUGCUGGGGGCCUUGGGAUCAGAGACCUGGGGGUGCUUGGCACAGUUCCCUGAGCAUUGUUUUCACCUUGCUGAGGUGUGAGCUAACAGGAUGAACCCUCCCUCUGUGCCUUUUGUAAGGGAAAUGAGAAGGUCCAAGGCAAUGUUCUUCCAGUUGUAUACUGGUCUUUGUAGUGGGGUCCAAAGGGAAUAACACUCACUGAAAUCCCACUUAAAAUACUUGGCUAAAGUGGUCUGCUGAGCUGGGAUGUAAAGUGCAGCAGCCACAGUUUACUUCCCUGAGAAGUCUCUACAAUUUACUUCCCUCCCAGUCUCUACAAUUUCCACUUCUUCCCUUCCUCAGAAUAAACUGAAACCUUUGCUUUGCAAGUAAAAAACAAAACACACAGGGGAGUCUUGCUAAGGUUUUCCCUGGAUCCAUGCAGGAUUUGCUGUGAAAAACUUUGAUCUCCCAUUUAAAAAAAAUUACAAGUUCUGUAAUAGAGUCCUAACUCUGCAUGGGCUCAAAUAGAAUCCUUAAAAACCAUUUGGAUUACAAGGGGAAUACUGGGCUUUGCACCAUGAAGUUUCAUGGGUGGGAAGAACCUCAUCCACAACACCUAAAAAUUAUGUUACUGCUAACCUUCAGUGAUAGGAAGCACUCUGCCCCUAAUUUCUUCUUCUUUUCCUUUAAUCCAACCAAGGGAAUCCCAAUUAUCAAUCAACUGUUUGAAGAUUUUUUUAAUGGUUAUUUUUUCUUUAUUAGUGGUAUGUGUCUGUGUUCAAGGGAAACAAGUGCAAUCCAUUUCUAGUCUUAGCUGCCAUUGACAGUGUUGGUGUUUGCAUGCAGCAGUUUCACAAGGAUGGGUUGGUGUGACUGCUCCACGGUGUCUGCAGCACCUGUACAGCUUUGCUCAGAGCCACACACGUCCUUACACAGCCAGGGGUGUUCUGCAGCCCCAGUUUGCACCAUGGACUGAGGGACCUGGCUGGGGAAGGCUCUGUGGCUCUCCACCCCUUCAUCUGCCCCUUGCACAGCCACGGUUCCUCUGCAGGGAGGAGCCUCACCCCGGGGGAAUCAUCUCCCACCCCAGCCCCACCAUGAGCCAGCAGAGCUGUGCACCCCAUUGCCAGGACCUGGGGGCCAGGCUCCUUCCAGCAGGGCGAGCACAGCUCCCAAGCCCUGGCUGUUCUCUGCAGGCAGCUGCUGCCAGCCCCUGCCAGGGGGCUCCGUGACCAGAGAUGUCUUGGUUCUGCCUCUUCUGUGUGCUCCACACAAGGCCUAGGUUGUCACCAGCCUUGAGUGCCCCAGGUCAGACCUUCCAACAAUAUAAAGAUCUGUUGGAUGCAACAACAGCACACAGUGGUGAUGCUUGGAGGCAGACUUUCAUACUAAUACAGGAUUAUUUAUCUGGUUAAAAAUCUCUGCAACUAACAUGAAGGGGGCAGGAUGUGACGAGUUAUUUCAUAUCCUACUUUCAGACAUCUGGCAUUGUCAAUGCUGAAUGGGGAACAAGGACAGAAGAGUCCCUUUUUCUUAAGCAAACAUUCAGGAGUAACUGUCUAUUUUUGCACAUUGCUUCUCGUGUUGACUGCUUCAGUUUGGUUUGUAUUUUUUAUACAGAUUUUUCAUGGAAAAGCUCAACUUUGUGUGUGUCCUACCAUCCCUGUGAAGUGUAGUGUGCACUGAGGACCAUAUGUGUACAUGUAUAAAUGACAGUGUUAGCUCUGGAACAAAAGUAAUUGCAUGCGCACGGUGUGGUGCAUAUUGCUCAAGAGGAAGAGAAUUACCAUGCUAUGUAACAGUGACUCCCCAGCAUUGUGGUUUUUCUAAAUAAACCUUCACAAAGGA